AUGCAUCCAUUUUGUGCAAUGUGGACAAAGCUUAAGAAAUCAAUAUCGGUUUAUAGUGCAUAUCUAUGUAUAUCUAAACCAUAGAUCAGAGCGUGGUAUUUAAUCUUACUUGACACAAUAAACAAUUAUUUGCCCGGUGCGGAGGAAGAACAGAUGUUCAGUGACAUGAAAAAUGGUGCUAAGUCGAAAUGAUAAACGGAAAAGAAAAGAAGGAGAUUUGGUGGACCUUAUGGAGCCACUUUCAGAAUCCCCAAAGAGGACCAAAGUGCAUGCACAAAGAAAGUUUGCACAGGGUGCAACAACAGUUUUUAAUGCUUCGCACACUCCAGUUAAGGAUAAAGAGAAAACUAAACCUACAGUUAUAACAGAGUUAAUAACACAUAAGCGACCUAACACAGAGGAUUUUUUGACAUUUUUAUGCUUCAGAGGUACACCAAUUUUACCUCCAAAUUUGAAUUUUUUCAAUGUUGGAAAUAAAAAAGAAAAACCAGAUCCCAAGUCAAUACGUACACCAACAGAUAAAGUGACUUCUUCUACUAGUACAUUUACUGAAAAUCAAAAGCCAGAUUCAAGUCAGAAGCCUAUUACCAAAAUGAAACCUAUUGUUACAAAUAAGAAGAAGGUUGAAAACACAUUACAAAAAAAUAUUACUAAAUUUAAGACUACAACAUCAACUGUACAAGCACUGAAGAAAAAGUAUCAGGAACAGCGUCUUGCUAAAGAAAGGAUUAAAAAUAAAUUUAAAACAUCAUGUGUUAUGAGAACAAGAUCUCGUACAGAACGAACAAUUUUAAAACCUGCAAACAAACUGGCACCUAGGAAGUUUCUACCAAGAAUUGAAACCAAACGACUUGGUUUACGAAGUAGUGUACUUAUGGAUAAGGUAAAAAAGACUUCUCCAAAAGUAAAAAUUAUACCACCUAAGCCAAAGAAGAAAGUUCUUGUAAAACAAAAGAACAGUGAUACAUCAAAUUCAGAUUCCACAUCUGAAGAAGAAGAAGAAGAUGAAGAAGAAGAAGAAGAAGAAGAAGAAGGACCUUCAGAAAAAUCUGUACCACAAGUAAAACGUUCGAUGCAAAGGAAUGUUCAAAAGAAGAUAUGUACAAGAAGUAAAUCUGAAAUGAGAAGAAUUACUCGUUCCCAUAAUGGAACAAAUUCUCCAAAAAAUCUUUGUAGAAGGCCAACUAGAAAGACUAAAGAGGCAGCUGCAGUGUACAUGGAAAUUCUUGGAAGGAAACUUGUAAGUCCUGACUUGGAAAAUGAUGAUAAUCUAUCCAUGGACAGUUUUCCAGAAUUGCCAAAUGCGCGUAAAAUUGCCCAAACAGAAAUUGAAAUUAAGGCCAAAGUAAAACAGUCUAUUACAAAGACUAUUACAAAAAAUAAAGAUGGUAAAAUCACUUCUAUCCAAAGUACAUCCAAUAAACGAUUGGAUAAGACUAAAACUAGUAAAAUUGCCUUUAAAAGCAAAAGGCUUGUAAAAGUUCAAAAAUAUUGUGAAAUAGAUAGCGACGAAGAAUCGAUAAGUUCUAAUGGAACUAAUAAUACAAGGCCUGUAACAAGACGAAGUUUAGGGAAGUUAAAUAAACCCGCGAGUAGAUCUCUUAGAUCUUCCUCUAAAACUGUAGUCACGCGAAUGGAGAUUCAAAAUAAUGCAAAUAUUAAAUCAAAAGCUCAGAUUCAAAAUAAUUUAAGGUUCAAUAAAGACAAGUUUGUAAUGAAACGGAAACGAGAACAAAAUUUUAAUAAACCGGUAUACGACAAAAGUGCUGGCUUAAAAAAUAAAGAAACAAAAAAUACUGCUCAUGAAAAUACAGAUUCUGAUGAAGAAACAUUAGGGAUGUUGCUUAAUAAGUUAAAAAGGAAGAAAGAUAUUCAAGAACAAAAUGAACAGAUUGCUACUAAUGAAAAUAAUAGCAAUCACGAUACUACAAAUAAAAUUGAACAGCCCGUAGAUAAACAUUCUACAAAGGUAGAUCUCUUAAAAGUAUCAGACGACGAAGAAUCGUUUCGGGGGUUUACGAAAAAAGCGAUAUCCAAAGUUUUAAAUUCUUGUCAAACACAUGUUAAUGCUAAUCUUCUUGCUACAGAAAAAACUGCUAAUGAAUUAGAAACAUCCGAAGCAGAAAAAAUACAAGACUCAAAUACAGUUAAGAAACAGGAAGAUAAGGAUAAAUCUUUGCUAGAUAAUAUUUCUUCUCCUACAAUAAACGUGUCAAAUGAUGAAUGUGUUCAGUUUGAAAAAAUUCAGAAGACAAAAUCAGAAUUACUUGAUGAAACAGAAUCUCAAACAACAUUAUUAGCAAAUACCGAGAAAGAAUGUCAUCAUAAAAUAGAAAUUUCUUCCACAAACAUUCUAGACAUGUCUUUGUCAACAUUACAUGUAAGAAAAGAGAAAGUAAACAUGUCGACUGAACAAAUCGAGAAAUGGUUAAAUGAAAGUUCCUUUGCUAAAGAGGAAAGUAAGCUAGAAAUGGAAAAUGUAUCUACGUUCAAAUACGAUGUUUGCGAGAAAAAGGCUGAUGUCUCGCAUUUGUCUAUCUCGACAAAAAUUCAGCACUUAGUGAGACCAGUUAACGUCACGCUUUCUAAAUUAGCGGAAAAAGCAAAUAUUAAAGAUCGUUUGAACAUACAGAAUAAGUAUGUACCAAUAACAACAAUUGAUAUACAGCCUGUUGAUGCAAAGCAGCAAAGUGAGCCUACUAAUGGAAAUAUAAAUAUUAACAAAAAUAAUAUAGAUGGAAAAGAAAUGAUUAAAGGACGAAAUGUAAAGCCAAAUAAAGACUCAUGUCUUGGAGAAGAUAGUGAUAUAGCAAUAAAAUCUGAUCAAAAUUCAAUAGAUGGAUCUACUGAAAAGAAAGUAUCAGCAGAAAAGAAAUCCAUAUUUCAACCUAGAAAACCAUUUUUACCUAAAGUUAAAGAGCGUAAAACAGUAACUCCCAAUGCAAAUGCAUUUUCCCCAGAAAAUGAAAGUAGCGUUUAUGCGUUUGAAAGCGAUACCGAAGUCCCUAUUAAUACUCCCUUUAGGCGCAAAGUUCGGGACUCGAAUAAAUCAAACAUCACUGGUACUUCAUCUGAAAGUGAGACAAAUAAAUGUAUAGAAAAAAUAAUUAAAGGCAAUUGUGAAAUAUCAGAAUCUAAAGAAAAACCGAAUAAUGUUGUUUCAAAAAACGAGAACAAAGUCGUAGAAUCGAAAAAUACAUCAAAUUCAUUAUUAAAUGUUAAUAGGUUUGAAUUACCCAAAAACUUUGCAACCUUAGCUAAUAUUCAAGUUCUACCACUAGAUAAAUUAACAACAACUUGGAGCAAUGUAAACUGUAGUGCUUCGAUAGCUGUACAAGUAAAUCUUGAUGAUAACGCGCAAGGACAAGAACAAAUAGGUGAAGGAGACACAAAUCAACAAAAAAGUAUAGAAAUAUCUACUCAGACGGAAAACAGUAAUGAAAAUGAUGAUGAAAACGAUGGUCAACUAUUUUAUAUACCUCUGCAAGCGGUUACGAGAAAUGGACCGAAUUUAGUCCAAGGACAGCAAUUAAUUCAAGGUGUAGCCGUUAAACUUGGUACUGAAGGACCAAAUGGUCCUAAUCAGAAAGUUCUUUUAAGAGCAAAAUUAGUUACUAAACCUCCAUCAUCGAUUGCACGUUGCCCUCCCGUGGGUACAGUGCAGCCCACGACUCGUAUACCACCAACUUCUGCUCUUAUAACUGAGAAUCCAGUACCAUCUACUUCUGCAAGUGCAACCUCAGUUAUGACUGUGUCUGAAGUCCAACCGACCACUCCAUGUAAAACUGAAACUAUAAUACAGACCAUGAACAGACAAAAUAUUGGUAUUGGGGGAAUAGAAAAAUUAACAAAAUCCCCAAAAACUUCUAGAGAAAGAAAAACUUCUAUCGAUUCGAGUAAAAAUGGGAAAAGAUGUCAAAUUAAAUCUAAACAGAAAGGUAAUGAAAUUUGUUCUCCAACCAAUAAUGUAACAUUUCCAAGUGCAAAGAAUGAAAGCAAUGGAGCACGUUUAGUCGAAGCUCCAACGUUUCAUCCCACUGAGAAAGAUUUUCAGGAUCCUCUGGAAUACAUAGAUAAAAUAAGACCAAUUGCAGAGAAGUUUGGAAUAUGCAGAGUUGUACCACCGCCUAAUUUUAAACCGGAAUGUAAAGUAUCGGAUGAUAUGCGAUUUACUGCAUAUAAUCAGUACGUACAUCGUAUGCUUCAUAGAUGGGGACCCAAUGUAAAGGAAAUGAUGGCUAUAAAAAAAUAUUUAGCCACACAAAGCAUAACAUUAACUCAUCCACCUUGGAUUGGUGGUAUGGAAGUUGAUUUGCCCCAUUUAUAUCAAACGGUUCAAAGCUUAGGUGGAUUGAAAGAAGUUAUUGAAAAGAAAAAGUGGCAAAAAGUAGCAGAUGGUAUGAAGAUACCAAAAUCUGCCCAAGAUCGUGUAACCAAAUUAGACGACAUUUAUUGUAAAUACUUAUUACCAUACGAUACAUUAUCUCCAGAUGAAAGAGGUAAAUUGUUUGAUGAAGUUGAAUCUGAAUGGAUGAAAAGGGAAAGUAGAGCUUUGCAAAGACAAAACGCACCAGCAAAUGAUAAUGAAGAAGAUGAAGAAGAUGAUAGCUCUGAUGAAAUUGAAGAAUGCAUUGUUAAGGGUAGAAACAUGCCACUAAAUGCUUUUUAUCGUAUCGCACGGAACACACAACGUAUGUGGUUCGGUGAAAAUCAACGAUCUGGAAAUGAAAUCGAGGGUGCUUCUGCUGAUGAAGUUGAAAAUGCAUUUUGGAAGCAUGUCGCAGAAAGAAAGCGACACGUGUGCGUGCAUGCCGCAAGCAUUGAUUCGAGUGGUCGUGGUUUUGGAUUUUCCGUUGCCAAGAAUAGUCCAUUUGCUAGACAUCCAUGGAAUCUUAAAGUACUUACUAACAAUGCUGGAUCAGUAUUAAGAGCUUUGGGUCCACUAAUGGGGGUGACAGUACCAACACUUCACGUGGGCAUGCUAUUCAGUGCAUGUUGUUGGUACCGCGAUCCGCAUGGUCUUCCUUGGAUAGAGUAUUUACAUACAGGUGCUAAAAAGAUUUGGUAUGGCAUACCAGACGAGCAUAACAAUAAUUUUAGAGAAGCUCUUUCAAAAAUGGUGCCUCGAUAUUGUAAAAAUAAGACUAUAUGGCUACCUUCGGAUACGGCGAUGGUUCCUCCAGAAUUGCUUGUUAGUAAUGGAGUAUCACUAUGCCAAACUGUGCAGGAACCAGGGCAAUAUAUAAUUGUAUUUCCUAAAGCGUUUACAUCAAGUAUAUGUACUGGCUAUGUAGUAUCUGAAAGCGUUUACUUUGCACAACCAUCAUGGUUAGAAACUGCUGAACAAGUGUUUAAAGACAUACAAGAUAGCUGUGAGCCAUCGAUUUUUUCAUUCGAAAGAUUGUUAUUUAAUAUUAUUAAUGAUUCUAGAUCUCAUGUAGAAGUAAUGAAACAGAUUUUACCAAGUGUGAUUAAAAUUCGUGAGAAGGAAAUAAAUUACCGAAAACAGUUGGAAUCAGUGGGACUCACAAAUACUGAAAGAUUGCCUUUACCAGAUAGUGGAAAAAGAAAGAAAGGGAAAAAAGUAAAAGAAGAUGAUGGCGAUUUUGAAUGUGAAACUUGUAGAGCUAACCUAUUUGUUUCAUUGGUUAAUAAUUCACAAGAUGACAGCGUCUAUUGCUUACCACAUGCAUUACAGUUACUUAAUAAGAAAAAGCAAGCUUUAAAACAUUAUACUCUAAUGUAUACAUAUAACGAGGAUGAAUUGGAUGAUUUGAUUCAUAAACUAGAAGAAAGAAUUGAAGCCAAAACUAAAAAGACUAAUCAAAUCAAACAAGCUAAGUAACGUGUCUGAAAAUCUAUUUAUUAAAUUAUAUAGGUAACAGUUAUUUAUUACUCUAUAUCAAAAUAAUUAUCAAGAUUUUGUUAUAUAGAUGUAUAUCAUAUUUAUUCUUCGUAUCAUAGUUAUAUAAUUGUAUAUAAAAAUAAGUUUUUCUCGUUUUAAAGGGAACGAACUUAGUGCAUAUUUAAAAAAUUGAAUGACUAAUGCAUUUCUAAUAAAACCUUUAAUUUUUUAAUACGAAUAAAGUUACUAUUAUUUUAUAUUAUUUCUAUAUAUAUUUAUACACGUAUUUCACUCCGUUUUCUUCAAGUAUAUUAAAAAGCAUAAGAUGUAUGAAUCUAUAAAGUGUUUCAGCAAAGUUCAUAAAAUUAUAAAAAUAUAAUCUUACCGAAUAUUUCUUAUGAUAAAUAAAGUCUAUACCAUUUGUUAUUUAAGAAGUAAGUAAAUAUUUAAAUAGUACCAUACUUAUGUAUACAAAAUUUAUUAUGAAUACUUUGGAAUUAUAAAGCAAAGAAUUAUAACAUCUUCAAUAUGAGAUCGUAUAAAUUAAAUAAAUUUUGGGGCAAAAUAACGUAAUUUAUAUUAUUAUAUAAAUCAGCCUGUAUAUCAUGAAAUUCAAUGAAUAUCACAUUACAACACAAAAUAUAACCUCCUGAGAAUUUAUAAAUGUUUUACUUACACAUUAAGAUAAAUUAUUAUAAAAGAAAUGCUUUGUAAACAUAAUAUAAUUAUUAUUAAGUAAUAAACAUUCUUUUACAUACAUACAUAAUUAUGCACAUUAUAGAAGAAUACUGAACUUUGAGUUUGUUUAUUAACUUUUAACUAAUUAAAUUGUAAUUAAUUAUAUCAAUUUUUAGCCGUAAUUAUUAAUAAUUUACAACAUACAAGAUUUAUGUUCAAUACUCUAUUACCUUCUAUUAUGCUGUGCGCUUAUUCAAAAUCAUAAUAGGAAAAUACAAUAAACAUGUAGUAAAUAAACCAACGAAAGGAACCAACCGAAUACAGUUAAUUAGCAUUAUUUACGAAAGGAAUGUUCUCCUAACCUCUUUCUACGUUAAACACUUCAAUACUCUUUUUAUACCCUAUAUUUGAAUAUCACUAUCAAAUAAAUGCUAACAUAAAAAUUCUUAUAUUUAUAUUAUGCGCGGUAUGAGAGAAAACAGUUUGGUAUGUUAAUAUGAAAUUCAUUAGUAUGAAUUACAUAUUUGAAAGUAACACUUAUUAAUGAAAAUUAAUCAGAAGAUUCUAUAGGAAAUAAAAUAAUUAGGAGAUGUAGUUAACUUCAUAUGCAAAAAUAUGUAUAAAAUGCAGUAAACGGUAUGCAUAUUGGAUAUGGAAUAAUUUCCAUAAUAAAUAAAUUUUGUUUCAUUGCAUGCCAAUUUCAAUGGUCUACAAUUUACUGUUCUCUACGUUGCACUAUGUUAGUCAGUAUCU